AUGCCCAACAAAGCCCAAGAGGACGCUGUAAUUAACCUGAAGACGCUGCAGGAGAUUUCCAGCCAGCUCGCUUUUGAGUGGACGGUCUUGGCGUAUGAGCUUGGCUUCAACAGAACUGAGAUAAGGCGAUUUCACGCCAAAUCUACACAGAAGAGUGUCCAAGCUAGGAGCAUGUUGGAGAGCUGGUACGAGAAGUCAUGGGACAAGCUCAAUAAGACCAAGCUGCUGCAAGACGGACUGGAGCGAGCAGGAAGAAGGGACCUGGCUGAGAGGCUGCGCUGCCUCCACUGGGGCCACCAGAAGCUGAGCCAUAGGGUGGAGCUUCCCUCCGCCUUUCCCUUCCUUAUCACAGUCCACAAGACCAUCCACAACCAAGACGCACUACGCAGGAUCAACGAGCUCAACCGUAGACACACUUAA